AUGGGAACUCGCAGAAGGAGAAACGAUUCAUCUUCUUCUGAUAGCGAAGAUGGCACCUUUACCAAAACGGCGAAAAGAGAAGGUGACACUGUUGUUCAAUCGUCGUCUUCAUCGCAUUACGAACAGAUUAGGGAACAAAGGAUGAAAGAGAACGCUGAGAGAAUGCAAAAACUUGGAUUAUUGAACCUUUCUCUCAAGCUCAAGAAAACACCACGCGCUUACGUCAAGAAAAUCGCGUCGCCAACUAAUCAAUCAGAAAGACGCUCUUCUAGAUUAAUGACCGUACCACGGGUUAACUAUUCUUUCAUGCGUCAACAGAAUUCAUCAGAUGAGAAUGAGGCGGUGAUAUAUAUAGCAGAAGGUACAGAGCCUGAAGUUUAUACUGAAGAGCAUGAGAAGCUUCUCGGAGAUUGCAAGACUGAUUGGGAAUUGUAUGUCGAUGGAUAUGAUGAGGAUGGGGACCGUAUCUAUGAUCUAACCAAGGGAGAGAAAUGUCAUCAAUGCAGGCUCAUAUCUAUUAGUCAGAUGACCAGUUGCAAUAAAUGUGAAUUACCCCAAGGAAUGCUUUGUGGAGAUUGCUUGUACACAAGAUAUGGAGAAAAUGUGAUAGAAGUUGAUUGCAAUAUCAAGUGGACUUGCCCUUCUUGUCGAGAAAUUUGCAACUGCAAUAUUUGUCGUAGGAAAAAUGGUUGGAUGCCUACUGGCAAUAUAUACAAUAAGGUGACGAAAUUGGGUUUCAAAUCUGUUGCUCAUUAUCUGAUAAAGACUCGUCGCCUUGAGAAAAACAGGGAAGACUCGGAUGCUGAAAAUAUUGUUGCCCAGGAAACACCAGAGACCUCCCAAGAUUCAACACUAAUUGGACCAAUUCAGACGAGAAGGGCUUUUAGAAGGUAA